AUGGAGGACCCUCCCCCACCGUGUUCUUCGGAUGAAGAAAGCUCCGACACCAUCGUGAUCGAACAAGAAGAAAUUCUCCCUACCAUCCCCAUCAAUGCUUUCACUCCCGAGCCCGAAUCAACCCCCGCGCCAAACCUCUCUCCGCCCGCACGGAGCUCCAAACCCGGACUCCUCAAACGUCACGCGAGUCGCACUCCCGAGGCGGGACCUGCACAGACGCCCAACAUAGACGAGUCCAACAUAGGCGAGUCCAACAUGAGCGUGGAAAAGUCUAACAUGGACAAAUUUAGCGUGGGGAGACCCACAACGCGGGUGACAAUGAAGCUGCGGUCUCAGGAGCAUCCCUCCGACACGUCGGCGGCUGCAGCUCGAGUCCCGAGUGGCUUGGCCUCCACAGCUGUUGGAAUGGCGUCGCCGGCUGGCUCGGACGUCUGCGCGCGCCCUCACUCGGAGAAGGGGCCUGGUGCCACGGAGAAGGGGCCUGGCGCCAAGUGGCUGGAGAGUCCGGCCCCCUCGGGCGGUCAGCGCCCGGCUUCAGUCCAGCUCUUUACCAACGAGUCUUCGACGACCGCCAGCGUCCCCUUCGCGACCGUUCCCGCGAUCGCUCCCACGGCGGGUCGCGACAAGAAUGGCCGAGCCGCUGAAAAUGGAGUCGCCGAAGACCCCCAGCAGUCUAAAAAAGUCAAGGUUGUCCUCAAUACCGGCGUGAGUUACCUGGCGGCCCCACAGGCCUCUUCGGAACAGUCGGCAAAGAGACUUCACGAGCUAUUGAAAAAGAACUCGCUUUUCGAGAAGCUGUUCAGGCAAUUCAGGUUCAGCUGCAGCGGCUGUCGACUGCCGGUAGUCACCAGCCAGCUCAGUCGGGUGGGAAGGCAUAUAGAAGAGUUCAUGGACUUCGGAAACUUUGAAUGCGUUCAUGCAGUUGUAACAAUGGCUCCAUUCGCACGAACGCCCAAGCUCAUGAUGUGCAAUUUCAACCGGGGUCUGGUAUUGGACGGCGAGAAGUUGGCUAAACUAUCCCCUAACCAAGUGAGCCAGAUGCGCGAAUUGUGGAGACAUGUGUCGUCUUACGUGGUGCGUUAUCUGGUUACCCAGAGCAAGGGUUACGACGCGGUUGUAGAGCAACUGCUUUUGAACACCGGUAGUGGUAAUGCUGUACCGACGGUCGACUCGGCCGCAAGUGUGGAAGGUUUCAGUCAUGUGCGAUUGCGACGGAUACUAUGUGCGUGUAUUUCAGGAGUGCUAUGUCAGGAACUGCCUUGGCUUCGGAGUUUCAUACUUAAUGACCCAGCUGCGGAACAAGAAUGGGCGUUCAAGAUCCAGCGCUUUCAGGAGACUUGUUCUUAUGACUCACAGUUCCAGUCUCUAGUACGCGAGGAGACAAUCUCAAUUGAAGGCAAGUGUGUGUGGGUAGACCCUGCCAUGAAACGACCCUUGGCCAGACAAUCCCAACUCCUUUGUCGGGUCGCCGGUGCCUCUAUAACCAACAAGCAAGCCAAGAGCCAUCUCAUGAUCACAGACACGGAACGAGUGGCACUAUUCGAAGCCACGCAUCCCGUCAUUACUGGCAACCAACUUAUCGAGAUGUUGAUGAAGGCCGACAUUGAUUAA